GCGUUGGCGCACCUGCGGGCGGGCGAUGGGCAGUGAGGCGGGCGGCCCGCGGGCGGCCGCGCCGGGGCAGCAGCUCCGCGCUCUCUUCUACGCGCUGCCGCCCGGCGAGAGCUCCUUCCGCGCGGUGGAGGAGGUGCCCGACUACGUGGAGAAGAGUAUUCCAUUCUUCAUUGCUUUUAUUGGCCUGGAGUUUGCUGUCAGCUGGGUUCAGAAGCGUAAGCUGUCAGGUCGGAUCAAUGAUGGCAUAAGUUCUCUUUCUUUAGGUAUCCUGUCUCGACUGCCAGAUGUUCUAUUCAGAAGUGUUGAUUUAAUUAGUUAUAUCUACGUAUGGAAUAACUAUAGACUCCUUGAACUGCCCUGGGACUCACCAUGGACGUGGUAUUUGACGCUUCUGGGAGUGGACUUUGCAUACUACUGCUUUCAUCGCAUAAGCCAUGAGGUUAAUAUACUGUGGGCAGCACACCAAAUACAUCAUAGUUCUGAAGAUUACAACUUAUUUACAGCCUUGAGACAAUCUGUACUGCAGAAAUACACCUCCUGGAUUUUCAACUUGCCCAUGGCUCUCUUCAUACCCCCUUCAGUGUUUGCUGUUCAUUUACAGUUCAAUCUGCUUUACCAGUUUUGGAUACAUACGGAGGUUAUCACCAACCUUGGGCCUCUGGAGUGGAUUCUUAAUACUCCCAGUCAUCACAGAGUUCAUCAUGGUAGAAAUCCUUACUGCAUUGACAAAAAUUAUGGUGGCACACUCAUUAUCUGGGACAGGAUAUUUGGAACAUUUGAGGCAGAAGAUGCAAAAGUUGUUUAUGGCUUAACACAUCCAGUAAAUUCAUUUGAUCCCAUCAUGCUCCAGUUACGUCCCUUGGCUCAUAUUUGGAACACAUUUUGGGCCACACCUGGAUUCUGCAAUAAGCUUUCUGUCAUAUUCAAAGGCCCAGGCUGGGGACCAGGCAAACCUAGACUUGGCCUUCCUGAGGAAAUCCCGGUGAUCACUGGAAAAGAAGUUCCCUUCAAUCCAAGUGUACCAGCUCAUCUUAAUUGUUACGCAGUUGUGCAUUUUGCUGUAAUAAUAGACUUGUAUACUGAACUGCUUGGUACUGUGACUAUGUUAUCACAGGGAACUAUCCUCCUGAGAAUUGGCUUUAUCAUUCUGUCCCUGACCUCUUUUGGACUUCUUGUAGAGAACAGGCCCAAAGCAGGAAUUUUGGAAAUCAUCCGUUGCUUAGUUUUCAUAGGUGUGUACAAACUUGGCUACGUAAGGAGUCAGUUUUUUUACUUGGGCUCUGCAUAUGAGAUCUUGUUUUCCCUCUGCGCUGCAUUCUGGGGAAUCCAAAUUAUGACGCGGAUCACAUCACCCAAAGAUAAACAUCAUUGAAAGAGCAGAUCCAACAUUGCUUUAAUUAUGGAAACAGCACUUUGGAAUAGCCUUCUAAGUUCCUUGGAAUGAAUCAAACAUGCAUCUUACUGAAUUGCAAUAGUUUCACUUAUGAUAGGAGAUGUUAGUGAAUUUAUAUGAAAGUUUGGAAGAUUCAUUAGGAUGUGUAUUCAUUUUUAUUUGAUUAAAAAAAUAUAUAUUUAAUGUCCCCCAAUUUAAAUAAAAUGUUUGUUCAUAAUAUAUUUUUACAUUCAAAUGAUUACAAAGUCUUAGAACCUGUGUAAAACUAAUUGCAUUUUGCAAUGAUUUUCUUAGUAAUCAUACGUGAAGAGUAUUUUUCACAAGAGAAAUAAUUAAAAUCAUAUCUAUUGUAAUCUGGUAUAAAGUGACUGAAUGUCUUCCUAUUUGGGCUAAACGUAAACAUAUGUGAAUGUCGUUUUUUCCAUAAUGAUUGAAUUACACUAGAAUCUCAAUGUCAUGACCAAUUCAGUGUUCAUAGCAUACAGCUACAUGAGGAUGAGUAGUUGAGGCACGAAAAUGAUUAAAACCAGCAUGAUAAAAUAACUCGAACUAGUAUGAGUUGAAACAUCUUCAAUAAAAUUGGCUAAUGUAUGUGUUGUAUAAUGCAGACUUGCAGUUUAGACUGAAGUAUUUAAGGACUACACCUGCAGUUGCCAACUUUAGAUACUGAUCAAACCAGCACUUACACAUGGGUAUCCCAUUGACUAAUGUUACUCACGUGACAAAAUAUUUGCAAGGCUGGGCCCUUAAUUUCUGGUAAUUUCCUGCCGGGGUGAUCUCAGGAGAGAUGCACGUCUUGUCUUUCAGGAGCUGUUGGAAAGAUGUUUUGUACUAAGAUAGGAAAAUUAAAUACAAAUGGUAAAGGGAGUCUCCAAACAGCAGGACUGGCAAAAAUACUGGAGCUAGGUUGUUUUUCUUUCCUCACACUCUUCCAACUUUUUAUUUGGCUCCAAGACUUUUAGAAGUGCUUAAAGUCAAGUAGCUAAAAAAUGUAGGCUGUCUUGCAUGCUUCAAACUAGUAAUAAUACCUGUAUUUAAAAAUGGGUUUAAGUUUGGGUUGUUUUUUUUCCCAUUCUAUUUUCCUUUAAGACAUUUAUGACAUGCUAACAGACAUCUCAGAUUUAGUCAGAUAGCCUACUUUUAAUUAACCCAUAUUUUCAGUCUCUAGCUUUAACAGAUGCCACUGUCUACAUAAUUGGAGGUUUCAAAUUAAUUGUCAGUAACACAAUGAUGUUAUAUAAAGAAAAUUGAUCCAAUGUCUAGUGAUAAUAUCAGCUUAAUUUUAUUUAAAUUCUUACUUUAAAACCAAAGUUUUAAGUUACUCCAUUUGUGUAUCAAAUGCCUUGUGCCUAUCACUUUAGAUUGUGCUCAGUGACCUUGAAAUAUUUGACUGAGAAAGCAGGUGUUAUUUUGAUAAGAGAUACUAAUACCUGGGAUGCAACGGAAGGAUAAUACCUUCCUAAACUGAAGGCAUGUUUAAAUAGAGGACUUACUUGUGGAUCUUCUUCAUUUUACAUAAUGAGAAGAUUAAAAAAAUGGUGCAGGAAAAUCCUAGAAGAAAUCAGAUUUUAAAUACUUGUUGAGAAGUUUAAUUCAAAUGUUUAUUCAUUACAAGGUAGGAUUCCAAUGUCUUUUUAAGAAAUGGAUAAAUACAAUUAUAUACCUCUGAGUUCAAGAUUGGAAAUAUAAUCUCAUGACUAAUGCACUGGUGCAGCAACCAGGAGCUUUCUUUGGUACUACCAUUUCUGACCAAAAUUUACCAUCUCUUUGCCUGAAUUUCCCCAUCUGUGGAAUGGGGAUGGAUAGCAAUACUGAAGUUAUCUCUCACCGUAAUCAAAAUAUUGCAUUUGGGAUCUUUCCCUUAUGAAGCUAUUAUAAGAUCUUUAAGAAAAUGACAGAAUCUGACUCCAGAAGUACAACACAAUCUACAAACUUCUUAUGUGACCCCAUAAAUCAGUGUACCUAUGUUUUCAAAAUUUGUAAUAGUGACACCAACCUCACAGGAAUAUUUUGAGGUCAGUUUAAUAUAAUGACUAAGUAGCAUAAUGAAGAGUCAUACUGAAAGUCAGUUUCCUUAUCAAAAUAAAUCCUUCAAAGAGACGGGAACAGGUUAAAGAUUUAACAUUUUCUGUAUUUAAAAAUCUGCCAUCUUAGAAGGAUAAUAAUGAAGAUCUGAAUUAAAUUAAUUUUAAAGGUAUCCUAAUGAAUGUCAUUUAUUUAUAUGAAGUAAUGAAAGGAAUAUGAUUUCAAAGGUAAAUUCAGAUUAAGAUGUAAAUGUUCUAUGUAAAUCACCGGCUUCUCAUUCUAGUAACUAUCAUUUGCC